GAAAUGAGUGUCUAAAUCGACAACUUAUCUGUUUGCCCCUCAAUCCUGCAACAGAUCAGAAGCCACGUCGUCAAUCCCAAGGUCGCUGCAGACCAAUCGCUGGAUUCUUCGCUGCAAUGAGUUCGCUGUCGGCAAUGGAUUCGCUGGAAUUCUGGAGCUGGUCCACUCCAAUACGGUGCUAGGGGUAGACGAUCAGUCUCAUGCUUCUGGUACUUAAAAAGUAGCUAUUUCUCCGAGAAUGAUAAGCGUCGUCAUCUCUGCUCAACGGAGGAAGCCCCCAUCAUCUGUCUUGGACCUGCACGAUGGACAAAUAUACCUUCCGUACGACGCCUCAGGCGAACGCCAAGGCUAUUGUCUCUGGCCCGAACUACCGCUUCACCGUUCUGACCGAUCGUCUCGUGAGGUAUGAAUGGGUGGACGAGCCUGGAAAGUUCGAGGAUCGGGCUUCGACGUUCGCCAUCCAUCGCGACUUUCCGGUGCCCGAGUUUCGAGUGGUGGAUAAGGGCGGAGAUCUGGAGAUUAUCACGCCGUAUCUGCAUUUGAGCUACAACAAGAAACGGUUCAGUCCCGAUGGUUUGCUGGUGGACUUUAAUAGCAAAUUCCUCAAGCAUGGAGGGCAGUGGCGGUAUGGCGAUGCUCCCGAGGGCAACCUGGGAGCCACGGCUAGAACACUCGACAUGGUUGAUGGGCGGUGCGAUAUGGGCCAUGGCCCACUGUCACGGAGAGGUUAUGCAGCGCUGGACGACUCGAAUUCGAUGCUGUUUGACGGCAAGGGAUUCGUCGCCGGUCGACUUGCCGGUGACCGCGUGGACGGGUACCUUUUCUGCUAUGGCCAGGAGUAUCGAGCGGCGAUGAAGGCAUUCUAUGCGCUGUCCGGCAAACAGCCAGAGUUGCCGCGGUACGCCUUGGGCAAUUGGUGGAGCAGGUACCACGCAUACCGACAAGAGGAAUAUCUCCAGCUCAUGGAUACGUUUCGCGCGCGCGAUAUCCCCAUGUCCGUCGCCGUCAUUGACAUGGACUGGCAUUAUGUUUCAGACGAACGCGUCCCUCAUUCCGGCUGGACCGGGUAUACCUGGGACAAGAAUCUGUUUCCGGACCCGGUGCAGUUCGGACGAGAGCUUCAUGACCGGAAUCUGAAGAUCACCCUCAACGACCAUCCCCAUCAAGGAAUUCAUUCGCACGAGGACCCAUACGAGGAGAUGGCGCGAGCUCUCGGCCAUGACACGCGCGACAAAACCCCGAUUCUAUUCGAUCCAACAAGCCCUAAAUUCAUGGAGGCGUACCUGGGCAUUCUGCACCGGAACCUCGAAAACAUUGCCUGUGACUUCUGGUGGAUCGACUGGCAGCAGGGGUUAUAUUCCAAAGUGCCCGGCAUGGACCCCUUGUGGCUGCUGAACCAUUUCCACUUCCUCGACCACGCCCGCCAGGGAAACAUCCCGAUAAUCUUCUCGCGGUACGCCGGCCCGGGCAGCCAUCGGUACCCCAUCGGGUUCUCGGGCGACACAGUUGUAACGUGGGCGUCGCUGCAGUUCCAGCCCGAGUUCACGGCCACGGCCUCCAACAUUGGAUACGGCUGGUGGAGCCACGACAUCGGCGGCCAUCUGUUUGGAGGCCGCGAUGACGAGCUCGUCACCCGCUGGGUCCAACUGGGCGUGUUCUCGCCGAUCAUGCGCCUGCACUCGACCCAGUCCCACUGGAUGUCCAAGGAGCCCUGGCUGUACCGGGCCGAGUGCGAGAGCGUCAUGUCCACCUUCCUGCGUCUUCGCCACCGCCUCGUGCCCUUCCUGUACACGCGCAACAUCAUCUGCGCGCGGGAUGACGAGCCCCUCGUCCAACCCAUGUACUGGCACCACCCGUACCGCGCCGAGGCCUACACCGUUCCGAACCAAUACUACUUUGGCGCCGACCUGCUCGUCGCCCCGAUUGUCCACCCACGAAACAGCAAGACCAGCCUGGCCGCCGUCCAGGCCUGGCUGCCCCCGCCCCACCGCCAUGUCGAUAUCUUCACCGGCACAGUCUACGAUGCAGACCACACCGUGACCUUCUACCGACCGCUGGACGGAUACCCCGUCCUCGCACACGAGGGGUCCAUCAUCCCGCUAGACGCAGACGCCGCGCCCCGGAACGGAUGCCUGAACCCAAACGCAUUCGAGGUCCUCGUCGUUGUCGGCCAGGAUGGCCGCGCCGAGAUUUUAGAAGACGCACGAGACGACGCCAGUCCAGACGCUCCUGCGGCGGGACCACACACGCAGACAAUCGCAUACACCCAGAAAGAAGGCAUUUUAACUGCCCAUAUCACGGACCAUCAUCGGCCCUGGACUUUUCGGUUCCUCGCCCUAACCGCCCUCCCCGACAAGUUCAAGCUAAGCAUCGACGGCGUCGAUCGAACCGCCGACACUUCUAUCCGCGUCGACCGGUACCCGCAGGUUGCCAGUGUAGUCGUGACUUGUCCCGCUGUGGGUGCAGAGCAGAAGCAAGUGAGGCAUGUCAUUAGCAUCGAGCUAGGCCCGGAUCCCCAGCUGGCCAUCAUCGACGCGACCCCACGCAUCGAGCAUCUCCUGAUGACCUACCAGAUCGAGUAUACGGCCAAGGAUCGGAUCUGGGAGAUUGUGCAGAGCGCCAAGGCGAACCCGAUCAACGUCACUGUCUCCCGCUUGAUGGGACUGGGACAUGAAGAGGCCAUCGUAGGCCCGAUCCUCGAGUUGUUGUUGGCGGAUAGUCGGUCUGCGGCGUGACUUGCUCAAAGCGACUUUUUCAAGAUAUAUCUAGAGUAAGCAAUUCAGAUCAAUGGUUUUAUUUUUAUAUACAGUUACUAUAUUGGAAACCUGUAUUAUGAGC